CGUAAUUAAGCAGUCAGUUUACCAAUCUUAAAUAUUGAUGAUAGUGGAAAAAUAUUAUAUUUUGUUUUAGAAUAUAUAUGUAAUACAGCAAUCUUAUUAGAUUUUAAAUCAAAAAUGCUGAGAUCUUUACUAAUUUUUUUUUAUUACAUUUCUGUCUUGGAUGGAAAGUUAAGUAUAAAAACUCCAAUAAGUUCUAACUUUUUAAUUCAACAGGAUGUUCGAGGAUAUUUAUCAGAAUAUCCUGAUGAGUGUUAUGAUAUGUUGUAUGACUUUGCUCAGCAUGCAUCCAAUUUAACUUUUUGUUCAAUCCUCAAUGCAAGACCAAUAACGCUCUGUGAAAGAUGUGUUGAGAAUUAUGUGAAAUUUCGUGAUAAAUAUCACGAGUUACAACAUACACCCAUAAAUGGAACCACUUGUAUGGCAUUUUUUGGUUCACAUGAUAGAUUAAAUGUUAUACAGGAGUAUCACGACAAUAUUCUGUCCAUGUGGGAUAAAGGAAAUUGUAAUGGAUGCUUUGAUUGGAUUGAUGGCAAACCAUCUCUUAGAAAUGAAACUAAACACUUCCACAAAAUAUACAAUGAGACAAUGAACUGUAUCGUAAAGAAUAUGCUUGCCGAGGACAGUGAUGUAUGCAAUAGAUGCAUGCAGUCAUAUUUGCAAUUGGAUGGAUUCUAUAAGACUUUAAGUACAGAUUCCAUUGGAGUUGAUAGUGUUUGUAUGGAUAUAGUGGAUUCGAUGAAUGCUACCAGAUCUAUAUGGAGUAAGACUCUAAAUUGCUGCAAUCUUCGAAGGACUCCUGAAAUAGCAUUUCUAUGCUGUGCUGGAUUUAUAUCCUUUUUACCAAUCCUAUACUAUUUAUCUGUCCGUUUUUGUGGGCCUAUUAGAGAUUUACCAAAUGUUUUGAAGCAAUCUAGAUUUAAACAAUCUAUAUUACGGACAAUGGAUAGCAGGAGUGAUUGAAAAACUUUACCAAAGAUAUUGUGAAUGUAACUUCUAUAUAAUAAAUAAAAUUAUAUUUUUA